AUGUCGUUCCCCGUCCCCCUCACCGCGGACGCAAUCGACGACCUGAUCUACGACGCCCGCGCCGGCGAUCUGGAUGCCCUCAAGGCCGACCUGGCCAGCCUGAGCGCCCAGCACAGCUGCCCAGAGGCCUGGAUCGUGGCGUCGGCCAUCGACGCCGAGCCCGAGGCCGAGGGCGGCACGGGGUCAUGUCUGCUGCACUUCCCCGCCGCCAACGGAAACCUAGAAAUCCUCUCGCACCUGCUCGCCGUCCUGAAGGAUGCGUCGGCGCGGCUGUCGCAGGAGCAGGUCGCGGCCGUGGUGAACCACCGCAACCAUUCUGGCAACACGCCGCUGCAUUGGGCGGCGCUGAACACGCAUCUGGAGUGUGUGAAGGUGCUGGUGGAGGCCGGCGCUGAUAUCGCGGUCAAGAAUGACGCCGGGCUCGAUGCGGUGUUCCUGGCUGAGCGCGCGGACUGGUCCGCCGAGGAGGUGAAGGAGGGCCAGGAGGAGGCGGAGGUUGAGGUCGAGGCUGAAGCUUCGACGGAUGCCCCUGUGCCUGUGACCAAGGGUCGUCAGGUGGUGGAGUGGCUGUUGGGGUCGGAGAAGGGAGGGGAGCUGGAGAGUGGUGUGGGUGAGAGCGGCGAGGGAGAGGCGGCUGGUGGGAAAUGA